AUGUUCAAGGAGAUGAUGGCGACCGCUGCAGGAAACACGCCGUACCCAGAGCUGCCUGCGGAGCGUGUGAAAGACCUCCUCGUCGAGAUGUACAUCGCCACGAAGAAGGCAGUCAUGAGCAACAUGUUGGAGGAAGUGAAAAAUGCACCUCUGCCCAUUCUGCACCACAUGAUCGACAUCUGGACUGACAAAGGAUCGGGGCGCAAGACGCUCUGGGAGAGGCCAAGGCCUGGGGUGCUUCUCGAGAUCGUCAAGGCUAUCCUGCACGAGUUCGGCUUGCGCACAUCGGACCUCGCGUCGGGUACUGCGGACAGUGGAUCGGACGUCAAGUCUGUGAGCUUCAACGGCCUCCACCCGCAGUUUGGGGUUCUGUGGAAUUGGUGUUUUUGCCACCUGAUGGUCAAGGCCGCUGAGGACGGCUUUGGCACCCACGUCGACCCUCAGAAGUCCAAGAACCCAGAAGCGCGCGACAUGCUCAAGAAGCUCAUCAAUCUGGUCGGGACCCUCCACAGGUCUUCCAACUUCAAGGCUAAGUUCGACGACCUUCAGGUGGACGUGUUGGGCGAGGUCUUGAAGAUCCCCAACCAAGCUCCUAAACGGUGGCUCACCCUGGUUCGCACACUGGAGCGCGUCAUCCGCUUGUGGCACGUCUUGAGGAAACUCUACAGCGACACGGGAAAAACGUUUCCACUCGAAGAGGGCGACAACAAGGACUGCAUCCUUCAGCUCUACUCGCUGCUGCAGCCUCCUUCCUCCGUCACGCGUGAUGGCCAGUACGGGGGUGCGCCGAUGCUGGCGGACAUCUACAUGAAGUGUGGCAUGCUGAAGAUGCGAGUGCUGGACCCGUCGGAGGAACUCAAGGUCUUCGACAUUCCGCCGCUUGGAGAAGACAGCCUCCCGGACCGCGAGGAACAGAAGAAAGCUCUCCCGCACAAGGUGGUAGCACACGACGACUUGCGCCCCGUGGCACAGAAGCGCGCAACGAACUCUGCCGCGCGCUCGUGACGAGGUUCUACAGUCGUGUGUGGGACACAUCCACCCUGGACCCCUCGGUGUUAUGCGAUGCUGCCUGCCUCCUGACACUGCCGUUCAGUGAGGGGAACUACCUUUCCGCGAUGAAGCUUACAGCAGAGGAGGGCAAGUACUUGCCCGCAGGUCGUGCGUGACGGCCCCUACGCUGGACGAAAAGGUGCAAGAGAAGCUGGAUGGAGCUUGGGCCGAAAUCAAGAAGCGAGCCGUCGCAGCCGUGAAGGCAGCGCAGAGUCGGGCCGCGGGUGGUGGUGAGGGCGGGGGGGCAGGUCCUUUGGAGCGCGCCCGCACUAGCGCCGCGGGUCCAUCUCGUCGCAAGAAUCGGAAGGACGCCUUCGCAGUUUUCGGUCGCAACGAAGUCGCCCCCCAAAGCAGCGAAGGAGAUGUGGACUUGAGGAGGAGGUCUCGAGCGAGACCACGCGGUACAAGGGAGUCUUCAUUAAGUCAACGACUAGUCUAUUGAACGUGUGCGUGUUACUGCUGUUUGGCAUUUUUAUUAUUGUUACUGUCCAUGUGUUGUCGCAAGCUGCGAAUUUGAACAACACUAACAACACAAAUCUUCCCGAUCCUGCGGCCCUUCCGUGUCCUUCACCCUUCCAGUUGCCGCCCAGCGAAGCCCUCAACUACUGGAAGACCAUAGGGAAACAUUCAUUCCCCUCACUCAAGUCGAGAGAGACUUCAGCCACUGCGGUCUUUUCUGUGUAGGGAACCGCAUCCGAGUAGACGAGUACUGGCUGGAAAUCGUGAUGUUCCUCAAAGGAAACUACUCGUUUAUUCCUGAGUACAAGGACAUCCAUCCCCAACAUCGACGGGAAGGACAUAGGGAAGUGCCUCCCUGCAAAGUUCAGCGGAAAAAUGACGAUCUCCUCAAAGCAGAGAUGGCGCUCGACCCGCUGUCAAACACCAACCCCCCCCAGGAGGAUGUCAUUGGCGUUGGCGAGGAUGGGUAGAU